AUGGCUAACUGGGCCGCGCUCAGGGGCUACGGCAUCUGCAACAAUGGCAUCUGCAACCACGGCAUCUGCAACCACAGCAUCUACAACCACAGCAUCUGCAACCACAGAAUCUGCAACCACAGCAUCUACAACCACAGAAUCUGCAACCACAGAAUCUGCAACCACGGCAUCUGCAACCACGGCAUCUGCAACCACGGCAUCUGCAACCACAGCAUCUACAACCACAGCAUCUGCAACCACAGAAUCUGCAACCACAGCAUCUACAACCACAGAAUCUGCAACCACAGAAUCUGCAACCACGGCAUCUGCAACCACGGCAUCUGCAACCACGGCACCUGCAACCACGGCAUCUGCAACGACGGCAUCUGCAACCAGGGCAUCUGGAACCACGGCAUCUGCAACUGCGGCAUCUGCAACCGCGGCAUCUGCAACCACGGCAUCUGCAACAACUGCAUCUGCAACCACGGCAUCUGCAAUGACGGCAUCUGCAACCAGGGCAUCUGGAACCACGGCAUCUGCAACUGCGGCAUCUGCAACCGCGGCAUCUGCAACCACGGCAUCUGCAACAACUGCAUCUGCAACCACGGCAUCUGCAAUGACGGCAUCUGCAACCAGGGCAUCUGCAACCACGGCAUCUGCAACUGCGGCAUCUGCAACCGCGGCAUCUGCAACCACGGCAUCUGCAACAACUGCAUCUGCAACCACGGCAUCUGCAAUGACGGCAUCUGCAACCAGGGCAUCUGCAACCACGGCAUCUGCAACAACUGCAUCUGCAACCACGGCAUCUGCAACUACGGCAUCUGCAACCACGGCAUCUGCAACCACGGCAUCUGCAACCACGGCAUCUGCAACCACGGCAUCUGCAACAACGGCAUCUGCACCACGGCAUCUGCAACAACGGCAUCUGCACCGCGGCAUCUGCAACCACGGCAUCUGCAACAACUGCAUCUGCAACCACGGCAUCUGCAACAACGGCAUCUGCAACCACGACAUCUGCAACCACGGCAUCUGGAACCACGGCAUCUGGAACCACGGCAUCUGCAACCCCGGCAUCUGCAACCAUGUUAUCUGCAACGACGGCAUCCGCAACCAGGGCAUCUGCAACCAGGGCAUCUGCAACCAGGGCAUCUGCAACCACGGCAUCUGCAACCACGGCAUCUGGAACCACGGCAUCUGGAACCACGGCAUCUGCAACCACGGCAUCUGCAACCAUGUUAUCUGCAACGACGGCAUCCGCAACCAGGGCAUCUGCAACCAGGGCAUCUGCAACCACGGCAUCUGCAACCACGGCAUCUGCAACCACGGCAUCUGGAACCACGGCAUCUGGAACCACGGCAUCUGCAACCACGGCAUCUGCAACUACGGCAUCUCUGCAACCACGGAAUCUGCAACCACUGCAUCUGCAACCACGGCAUCUGGAACCACGGCAUCUGCAACCACGGCAUCUGCAACCACGGCAUCUGCAACCACGGCAUCUGCAACCACGGCAUCUGCAACCACGGCAUCUGCAACCACAGAAUCUGCAACCACGGCAUCUGCAACCACAGAAUCUGCAACCACGGCAUCUGCAACCACAGCGGCUAA